AUGCAGAACGACUUCGACUUCCUUGCAGGUGAUUCCAACAUGAAGGGUUUGCCUCCCAAAUCAACGGUCAUGCCAGGCAGCCCGGUCCACUACCCACAAUGGCAGCUUGAUGUUCCAUUACACGAGGGCUCCAUCGUUCAUCGACCCUCUGUGAAUUAUGACCUAGAGGUUGGACCUCACUUGUGCAUGCUGACAAGCUUUCACUCCGAUCAAAUCGCUACCGCUGGAUAUUCAUAUGGUCAUUUGUCCAGCAACACCACACUGACCCCUCCCACCCUUCCGGUUGAACCCCAGUCUAUAAACGCACAGCAGGAGACCCGUGCGAAGGAUGUCAAAGAAAGUGGAAAGAACCACCGACUUGCGCAAAGAUGUAAAUGGGAGGGCUGUACAUCCACAAAGAGUUUCAACCGCGAGGCCGACCUUCUGCGGCAUGUUAGGACCAUCCAUAUUGCUCCUCGGUCUUAUAGGUGCAACGUCGAUGGCUGCCUCAAGUCCUUCAAUAGGAGUGAUAAUCUGAAGGGCCAUAUGCUCAGGGUUCAUGAUUGUGAUUGUUAG